AUGCAUGCCGCCGCGGCGGUUGCUGCAGCAGCAGCUGCUGCUGCAGGCGUGCCUCUGAAGAGCAGCAGCAGCAGCAGCAGCAGAGUGUGCAUCGGCAGCCUGGGCCCGCAGCAGCAAGGCCUCUCGCUGCUGUGCAUUGUUGCAGCAGCAGAACGAGACCCCUCGCUGCGGGGAGUGCAGCAGCACAAGCUGCUGUUUCGAGUUGCUGACAGCAGCGGCUCAGUGACUUUGGCGCUUCCUCUGGGGCUGCUGCGUUCUGCUGCUGCUGCUGCUGCUGCUCUGGAGGGGGCGGAGCUCGAAUUCACUGGUCCGGGCGCCGCCGCUGCUGCGGCGGCUCCGCCGGCAUCGGCGGCGCGCCUGCAACAGCAGCAGCAGCAGCAGCUCUCCGCAGCUGCAACGGGCGCUGCAACAGCAGCAGCAGCAGACACAGCAGCAGCUGUCGCUUCUGUUGCUGCUGCAGGAGUCACUGCAGCAGAAGCAGAAGCUCUCAAGCUGCUGCUGCCGCCAUCCGCCGUUGUGCUGCUGGAGGGGGCCUACACCUCCUGUGCUAAGGGAAAACUGGAGCUGAGUGUGAGCGAGGGAGAGCCGCGCUUUGGAGGCAGCAAAGGCGCAGUUUCUGUUUUGGGAUUCUUCUUUUUUCCUUUUGUGUUAUCUCCUUAUAUAAGUGACACAUUUGGAGCAGCAGCAGCAGCAGCAACAGCAGCAGCAGCAGACAGGCCUUGGCAGCGCCCUGCUGCUAUAGCUGCCGCUGCUGCUGCUGGGGGAGGGGACGAAGUCAGGCUGGCGGACGCAGCAAGCGGCAGACUGCCGCUGCCGUCUGAGCCCCUGGAGCGGCAGCAGCAGCAGCAGCAGCUGCUGCUGCUGCAGCAGCAGCAGCAACAGCAGCAGGAAGACGUGUUGAGCUGCCUGGGCGUUCCCGACCCAAUUAUGUCACUUGCACAUUAUUAA